CACACGGCCAAAGGCUUCAAGCGCUGGGAGUGCAACCGGCCGCACUCGCCCAACGGCCCGCUCAAGUUCUCCGAGAAGUUCCAGCUCUUCACGCCCUUCUCGCUGGGCUUCGAGUUCCGGCCGGGCCGAGAGUAUUACUACAUCUCAUCCAUGAUCACAGAAACCGGGAGAAGGUCGUGUCUCAAGCUGAAAGUGUACGUGAGACCACCGAAUGGCUGCGAGAAAACCAUAGGCGUUCACGACCGCGUUUUUGUCGAUGACAAAGUAGACAAUGCAUUAGAACCAAGAGAUGACACCAGUCACGAGGCUGAACCGUCCCGGAGCGACGUGUCGACCUCAGGCCUGCGGCACCAAACGUCACGCCCCCUGCUGGCCCUGCUGCUGCUCUGCAUCUCUGUGUUCUUCACCUUAUAGCCCCUCACCUGCCCCUCACGCAGCCCUCGGGAGACCCGGCGCGUCCCGGCACCGGGGAGGGCUUGAGAUUCACCGGGAACACUUCUGCUGCGCUUUUGUUUUGUUUUCCAAUAUUUAAGUGGUCCUUCGCUGUCUUUGAUUAAGAAAAGUCAAUUAGCCGCGCGAAGAAGAAAUUCAGAUCGCCUGUUUAACCAACCAACCAAUCAACUGUGGCGGCCGGUCGCUGCGGAUUGGCUGCCAGCAGGAAGGGGGCGGAGUCUCAGAUUUGAUUUGGGUCCAUUAGGAGUGAGUCGCUCUUUUGUGGGUAAUUAGAGCACGUUUUAAGAAACGCCGGAGGCCCUGUGAGAACUGAAGGUUUCUAGGUGGGUGUCACAUAAAACAGACAUAAACAUCAACCCGAGUUCACCAGCUCUGCUUUUAGCGAUAUAUAUAUAUAUAUACACACACACACACAAAGACUCUCGCCUUUCGUCCUUCGUCUGCCUUCCCCUAACAAAUUGCAGAAUCCAUCGGAAGAAACGUCUGUUAUGCGUCUCGCCGCAGGAUCUUUCCCAAUCGAAGGAAGACGUUGGUUAGUCCGAAUUUGCAUUUGAUUCUCUACUGCAAUUUGAGGGACUUGUCUUAGUAGACCACACCACUAAAAACAAUGAUUUUGUAUUUUGUAAGAUAAACUUAACUGCAACAUAAAUAUCUAUAUUUUUCCUAUGACCUUUUAUCAAUUGAUAUGAGAUAUCAACAUUAACGGCUCAUGGAAAUUCUUUUCUUGUCAUAACUGUGUGUCCGACUCCAUUAGGAACCAAAUAUGGAAAGGGGCUCCGCAUGAUGUUUUCCCCUUUUACAUGGGUGGAAAAAAUAAGCAUUUGUUUGAAUAGGCCUUAUACUGUACACUAUACUAAUAUCUCCUGGAAGUGCUUCGAAUUCAGCGUUUCCAUCGGGGAAAUAAAGUCUAGUUUCAUUUGUUUAUUUCAUUAAUGCAUCUGUUUGUUUGUGUAGCUGUUAAUUGGUGCAGUUCUGACUCGUUUAAUAUGCUGAUGCGACAUACGCAAAACAUUAGAACAUGGGCAUUCUCCUCCCAAAAGCCUUACACAUGAUGGAGGAACCGAUGGGUGAAUCUCACCAAACCUGACUC